AUGUCUGUAGAAAUGGAUCAAUUAUUUGGUUUAAUUCAAGUUUCUUCAUCAAUUAAGAUAAAACGAUCAGACGGACGAGUACAUUUAGCUAAAGUAGUACAACUCUCCGCGGAAUCAAAAUCUGUUGGUGUUGAAUGGAAUGAACAUGGAGAAGUGAAAGGAAAAGAAAUAUUACUUGAUCUUGUAUUUGAACUUAAUAAUGAAUUAAGACCAACUACAUCGUCAUCAAAACAAUCAUCAAUAGUUGUCAAUCAACAAAUUCGUCCAACAGCUGCUAUUCCUGCUCCAUCCACUGGUCUAUCAUCAAGUCGAUUAACUUUAGAUAUUGAUUCAUUAGAACGAGAAUAUAAUUCUCGACCACCACCAACACUUCCACCGCAAUUAUUACAAAGAAUUCAACAAAAUCCUGUAUCUAUUCAAACAACUUCAACACCGCUUCCACCGCCACCAUUAAAUGGUACAAUCUCAGCUACAACACAACCAAAAACAAGUUAUGCACCAUCCGGAACAAAUAAUACUGUUGCUGUUCGUUCAAUACGUCGUCCUGCUGCUCAAACAAAUUCUUCUAUAACCAAAACUGGUACAUCUUCCUCAUCUCCUGCUCCACCGCCAACACCCGUUAUUGAACAACAGCCACAAUUACAAAUUCCACUUCCAGUAAAUAAUAAAGGUGACCGUCGUCUUUCUCGUCUUCAUAUUGUACAACAAUCAACAACAACAACAACAAUGCAAAGUACAACUAUAUCAAGUGUACCUGAUCCACCACCAUCCAUUGGUUUACAUGGUCCAUUUGGACAAAUGAUUCUUGAUUAUCGUUCAACAAUUAAUUAUAUUCCAAUAACAGUUUCUAAUAUGAAAGAAUAUCAAUUUAAUCAAAAAGAUUUACGUAUAUGUGUAGCUGUUCGAAAACGUCCAUUGAAUAAACGUGAAAUAGCUAAAAAAGAUAAUGAUGUUAUAACAAUUCCUAAUAAAGAUCAUUGUCUUGUUCAUGUACCAAAAUCUAAAGUUGAUUUAACGAAAUUUCUUGAUAAUCAAACAUUUAAAUUUGAUUAUACAUUCGAUGAACGAUCUACAAAUGAUCUUGUCUAUCGUUAUACUGCAGCACCAUUGAUUGAUACAAUUUUUAAUGGAGGAAAUGCAACUGUUUUUGCUUAUGGUCAAACAGGAUCUGGUAAAACAUUUACAAUGGGUGGUGAUUUAUCAUCUGCAAAAGCUGAUUAUACACAUGGAAUUUAUGCUCAAACAGCACGUGACAUAUUCCAACGUCUAUCAUUACCACAAUAUCGUUCAUCUGUAGAAAUAUUUGUUACAUUUUAUGAAAUAUAUUGUGGCAAAGUUUUCGAUUUACUUAAUAAUAAAAAACGACUCCGUGUAUUAGAAGAUCAAAAAGGACUUGUUCAAGUAUGUGAUCGAAAAGAACAACAAGUUAAAUCCGUUCAAGAUGUAUUGAAUAUCAUUCAACAUGGUAUGAGUAUUCGAACAUCUGGUACAACAGCUGCUAAUUCGAAUUCUUCUCGAUCUCAUGCUAUUCUUCAAAUUAUUUUAAAAACUUCAACACCUAUUUCUGCUCAAUCUAAUGUAACUUCGUCAGUAUCGUCUUCAUCUCGUAAUAAUAAUCAUAAUAAUCCUGCUGUACUUCGUCGUUCAGUAAAAGAAGUUGGUAAGAUGUCUUUAAUCGAUUUAGCCGGUUCUGAACGUGGUAAGGAUACAGCAAGUGGUGAUCGUCUUCAACGUAUGGAAGGUUCAGAAAUCAAUAAAUCCUUAUUAGCAUUGAAAGAAUGUAUUCGUGCAUUGGGUCGUGGUGAUGGUUGUCAUGUACCAUUUCGUGGCUCAACAUUAACAAAAGUUUUACGUGAUUCAUUUAUUGGUGAUAAAUCAAAAGUUUGUAUGAUUGCAAUGGUUUCACCAACACAUUCUGAUGUUGAAAAUACAAUGAAUACAUUACGUUAUGCCGAUCGAGUUAAAGAAUUACGUGCUGGUGAUAAUGGUGAAAUUGUAUCAAAUGAAGAUGAUGAAAUUAAAAUGGAUGGAAUAAAGAAAGCAUUACCUAUUGAUGAUAAUAAAGAAAAUAAACGUCGUCAUCAUUAUUCACAUCAUCAUCGUGAUGGUUCUGCAUCGUCCAAUGAUAGUACAAGUUCAUCAUCAAAUGAUAUACGAGAUGAGUAUGAUGAAGAUGAUGAACAAGAUGAAGCAUUAGCUUCAUAUGCAGCACAAGUUGAACAUUUACAAGAAUAUGAAGAAGCACUAUUUGAUUCAUGUCAAGAAAUUUUAGCUAAUAAAGAACCAAUAUUAACGCGACAAUUACGUACAAUUGUUAAACAAGCACAAGAUACAGUUGAUUAUGAUCAAGAAAAAUUUGUUAAUGAUAUGCGUGCAAAUUUAUUACAACGUCAACAAAUAUUAAAUGAACUUCAAACACGAUUACAAGCAUUUGCUGAUUGUCUUCAACAAGAAGAACAAGUUGCUGCUCAACAACGUGUUAAACAACAUCAUCAUCAUUCAAAUGGCAAUAUAUAUUAA